UUAGAGUCGCUCACUGGUUACACCCAGUGGCUGCUUGGCAACGCGUAAUAGCGUUCUGUGGCAGAGACUUGCAGAAGUGUUGGAUCCAUGAAACAGAACUAAAUCUGAACUUUUAAUUCACUUGCUCCAGUUUCAGGCUUCGUUAAGUGUUAUUUGCAGAUAUGAUCGAUGCUGCUUUGAGUUCUUCGGGAGCUCAAGUAGUUUUAGCCACAUCAAGUGAUGAGAAUCAUCCUCCUGAAAAUAUAAUUGACGGAAGAACUGAUACAUUUUGGAUUUCAACUGGAAUGUUCCCUCAGGAAUUUAUAAUUCGUUUUUCAAACCUCAUUAAAGUCACUUUAGUCACUAUCCAGAGUUACAAUGUUCAGAGUCUACGAAUUGACAAAUGCAGUUCUCCAGAUACAACAGAUUUCGAGAAAGUGUUAGAAAAAGAAUUUGAACAGACAGAAGGACAACUCCAGUCAGAAGAUUUUUCACUUGGUGGCACAAGAGCAACACAUCUGCGAUUUAUCAUAAAGUCUGGAUAUGACCACUUUGUUUCAGUACACAGAGUAAUGGUAGAAGGAACAAACGAAAAUCACAUGUGAAGUUUAAUAACAUGAGAACUUACUGUACUUUAACCUACUUUGUAUUAUAGAGUGUCAUACAUUUUUAUAUGCAUGUUUGCUGUAAAUUUCUGAUCUUUUUCAUGGAUUAAAAUAAAGAUUUCAUUA